AUGGCGGCCGCGGGCCCCGCACCAGGCGCCGGGCCCUGGCUGCCAGCUCCCCAGCCUCGGACACUCCACUUCCCAGGCCCCGCUCACUGCGUCGGGCCGCGCCGGAGCUGCCCCAGGCAGCCCAACAUGGCGAGGCCGAGCCCGUUGCUUGUCCCGGAGACUCGCGGCUCCGACAGCCCAGCGCCCGUCCCCCUGCUGCCGCCACCUAGCGCCGGCCGGCCCCCUGACCGCAGACCCCGACCCCGCCCACUCACCGCAGACCCCGCCCACUCAUCGCAAACACCGACCCCGCCCACUCACCGCAGACCCCGCCCACUCACCGCAAACACCGACCCCGCCCACUCACCGCAAACCCUGCCCCCUGACCGCAGACCCAGACCCCGCCCACUCGCUGCAAACCCCGCCCACUCGCUGCAAACCCCUCCCACUCACCGCAAACCCCGCCCACUCGCUGCAAACCCCACCCACUCACCACAGACACCGCCCGCAAACCCAGAGCCCGCCCACUCACCGCUGUCCCAGACCGCCCACUCACCACAGACCCCGCCCACUCACUGCAAACCCAGACCCCGCCCACUCACCGCAAACCCCGCCCACAAACCCAGACCCCGCCCACUCACCGCAAACCACGCCCUGACCGCAAACCCCGCCCACUCACCACAAAAACCACCCACAAACCCAGACCCGGCCCACUCACUGCAGACCCCGCCCACUCACCGCAAACCCCACCACAAAUCCAGGCCGCGCCCACUCACCGCAAACCAUGCCCACUGA